CAGCAUCUGUCUUUACAUUCAGCUCUCUAAUUCAAUCUCCCAAUCAUAUUAAUUACUGCGUGCCACCCAUCAACGGGGAACGAUUUGCUGCCUUGAAUGCCUACAGAUCAGUUGAGCGCAGUUGUAGUUUCGGUAUAGGCCCCACGUGUGUGUUUUUUAAAAAUAGAUCCUUUUCAAAUGUCAGCGAUUUGCGUGCCAGGUCGGAAAAAGCCCACUGAAAUCGGGGACGAAGACUCAGCUGAUUCCAGCCCAACAAAGUGCAGAUGUGUUUCAUCGUCAGGAAACAGUGACCAGCACAGAUUAGAUUGUGAGAGGGAAGAUUACUUAAAUGAUGUGUCUGUCAUUUUGCCCGUUCAUGAUGCAGCAAGGUGGUUGGAUGAAUGCCUGCAAUCGGUUCUGGAGCAGGAUUUCCAGGGAUCCAUGCAAUUAUCCGUUUACGAUGAUGCCAGCAAGGAUGACUCUAUGAAUAUUAUUAGAAAAUGGGCAACUAAACUUGAAGAUCGAGGUGUACAUGUUGUAAUUGGUGGACAUGAGUCUUCACACCCAAAAGGAGUGGGUUUUGCCAAGAAUCAGGCCAUUGUGCAGAGUUUUGGGAGGUUCCUUUGUUUCCUGGAUGCGGAUGAUGUCAUGAUGCCACAACGAGUGAGGCUGCAGUAUGAAGCUGCCCUUACGAACAACAAUUGCAUCAUUGGUUGCCAAGUUAAGCGAGAACCCGAAGGCUCCACUGAGCGUUACGCUCGUUGGAUCAAUAACCUGACACAGGAGCAACUAGUAACACAGUACAACAGUGAAAAGAACUUUGAAUGACAUUCUACAAAUCCCUAGAAACCCUGGUUAAACUGGCUCCUUUUAAAUCGUAAAUGUAUUGGAGCUGAGAAAGGUGUCGUUAAAUUAUCUAUAUCAUAACUAACCAAAGCCAGACGGGCUUUGAAUAAAGAGGA